AUGACGCGCAAUAUUUACAUUCCCCUCGAGAUCACUCUUCAGAUACUCGAGGCAGACACACCUCCAGGUCGCCCCAAUCGCAUCCUCGAUGUGUCAAAAACCCAUGUGCAGCAACUCCUCACUUGGACCAAAGUAUGCCGUGCUACGUAUGAGCCUGCGAUACAGUUUCUGCGACAACAUUGCAUAUACAUCGACUCUGUUUCCCGCUUACAGAGCUUUUUAAAAUGCCUCGAGGCAGAGAAUGGAGCAUCAUCUUCUACCCUCCCCAAGACCAUGCGACUCUGUGACGCAUCGUCAGUUUACCUGGGCCUCAGCAUGGAGGAGCUUCAGUCGGUUCGGAAUAGCGGACUUAUCAGGGACCUACUCAUCACACUUGGUGGUUCGGUGCGCCGUCUCAUCGUCGACCUUCCCUACCGCAGGAUUGCACAGCAACACAGCAUUGAUGCGCACAUAGAUGCUUUGUUCUCUCAGGGACUACGAGCACUCACCAACCUCGAAGAGCUAACAACACUUGGUGGCUUACCCGUGUUGGAGUUCUGGCGAGAUGGGUUUGAAAUUGGCCAAAUGUGGCCAAAGCUGCGUCGAGUCGCUGGCUUCAAGGUCAACCUGGCUGAAGAAGCACUUUGGUACAACAUCGCCAGAGAUCGCACCAUUGAACACCUUGUCAUAGCGAUGCCUUAUGUUCUACGUCGGGAUAGUUGGAACAUCAAACAGGCAAUUGGUGGGAAAGAAUGGAAUACAGAAGAAGGGGGUGACUCAACACAUGCUCGGCCUCUCAAAGUCGUCAUUGCCCAACAUGAGUAUACUGCACCCAUCAUCGACGCACGAGAUGGCGAUCUACACGACCCCGCGGGGCUUAUAGACGUGUCUACGUUUGAGAUACCGGUGAUUGCAAAAAGGGUUGACUGGGUAUGUAAAGAAUGGUUAGUCAAGUCGGCUAAAGACGAUACUCUCUGGGAAUGA